GCCCGUGUGGCAGCGGCGCAGGCGCGCUCGGCCGCGGCGGCAGGAGCCGAGGGGGCGCGGCGGGCUGGCCCCGCCGUGGGGCCGGGGCUGUGUGGUGGCGGGAGGGGGGGGGGGGGGUGGUGCGGUCAGCGCCUUGCGGCGGCCGGCGGGGCACAGCAGCGCGGGCUCGGUGUUGGGGUGUUGAUCUGUUUUGUUUUUAAAUGAAGUCCCUUCAUCUGCGCGGGUCUCUUGUCGUGGCGGACUUUUCUUUUUAAACUCUGCCUGGCGCUGCUGACGGGACGGGAGCUGCUCGCCUUUUGGCGUUUUAGGCAGCGUUUCCUCGCAAAGCUUUUGCGUGCCUGCGCAGAUAUUUAUGAGGAUAAUAUUGCUGCUGGAUCGUAACUGGAGCUGUAAACAAAAAAGCGCGAAUCUGUGUAAAACUGUGAGGAAUGAGUAAAGAGAUGUUGUGUAAACCCAUCUCUUAAAGGUUGCUGAGUGUGAGGAUAGUUAAUUGUGGGUUUUUCUCCAAAACGUUCAAGGAACCCUGAAGUUCAAGCAACAAGCCAGUAUCCUUCAGACGAAGCAAAAUCUUCCAGCACGGGCACACCAUCUGAUUUUGACUGUCCAGUUGUGAGGGAAGGAGGUAACUUUCCUCACUAGUGUUCCGUUUUAUUUUUUCAUGCAGGUAACUCACCGCUGGGCAUCAAGAUUGUUGAAGUACAGGUUGCAGAAGCAGACAUGAAAAGAACUGUAUUAGGCUACCAAGGUGACAUACCGGCUUGAAGAUUUCUGCUGCUUUGCAGUUCUGUGUGAAGGCAGUGGUUAGUUGCAGCUUCACAUAAGGGAAGUCCCGUCUCUUUUGCCUGUAGUUCUGUGACUGGACUUUGUACCCAUUUACUGAUCAUAAGCGCGCAGUCAUCAUGUUCGAAAACGAGAGGCAGAAACUGAAACAAUUUUGUGGUGCAAGGAAGAAGAUGAGACUGUUUUUAUUUCUGGUAAUUUGCCAGUGUGCCGUAAACAGCAUCAAUACCCACCACGCUUCAAAUCCCAAUGUCAUUUUACUGAUGGCUGAUGAUCUUGGUAUUGGAGACCUGGGAUGUUAUGGGAACAGAACCUUAAGAACCCCCAAUAUUGACAGGCUAGCAGAGGAAGGAGUGACACUUACUCACCAUAUAGCAGCAUCCCCACUUUGUACUCCAAGCCGGGCAGCUUUCCUGACAGGGCGAUAUCCUAUCAGAGCAGGAAUGGCUGCCUUCUCACGAGUUGGUGUCUUCUUAUUUUCCGCCUCUUCUGGGGGACUUCCUUCUGAAGAAAUAACUUUUUCCAAACUCCUGAAGCAGAGAGGUUAUGCAACAGCACUAAUAGGAAAGUGGCAUCUUGGGAUGAACUGUGAAAGCAGUAAUGACUUCUGUCACCACCCCCUCAGUCAUGGAUUUGAUUACUUUUAUGGGCUUACCGUGACCAAUUUUAGAGACUGCAAACCUGGCCAAGGCAGUGUAUUUUUAAAAGGGGUUCAGAAAUCCUUUGUCAUCCUAAUCCAGGUUGCUGGAAUCACCCUGGUCUCUUUGGCAAUAGUGCAGUUCGUUGGCCUCCUCAAAGUACCUUUCCAAGCGUUGGUUUACUCCUUUUUAGUAACCGCUAUUUCACUUGCGGUUUUGAUAUUUUUCUUUUAUCAUUUUCGACACCUGAACUGCUUCUUAAUGAGGGACCAUCAGAUUAUCCAGCAACCACUAUCCUAUGAGAAUCUUACUCAGAGACUGACAAAGGAAGCCGUGCAGUUUAUAGGAAGGAACACCGAUGCACCAUUUCUUCUUGUCCUGUCCUAUCUUCAUGUCCAUACUGCUCUAUAUGCUUCAGAAAAUUUCAGAGGAAAGAGCAAGCAUGGUUUAUAUGGGGAUGCAGUGGAGGAAAUGGACUGGAGUGUAGGGCAGAUUGUGGAUGUGCUGGAGAAGUAUAAUCUGAGUAAUAAAACUCUUGUAUACUUUACAUCUGACCAAGGGGCUCAUAUUGAAGAAAUAUCCAGUUCUGGAGAAGUCCAUGGAGGAUACAAUGGCAUAUAUAAAGGUGGAAAAUCAAUGAACUGGGAAGGAGGUAUUCGUGUGCCAGGGCUUCUCCGUUGGCCUGGAGUCAUACAGGCUGGUGCCUAUAUCGAUGAGCCAACAAGCAACAUGGAUAUAUUUCCUACCGUAGUCAAACUUGCUGAGGCACAGUUACCCCCUGACAGAAUUAUUGAUGGACAUGAUCUGAUGCCGUUACUUCAAGGAAAAGUUACCCGAUCCAAGCAUGAAUUUCUCUUCCAUUACUGUAAUGCAUAUUUAAAUGCAGUGCGCUGGCAUCCAGGAAACAGUGAAUCUGUCUGGAAAGCCUUCUUCUUCACUCCAAACUUCAGUCCUGAAGACUCCAAUGGUUGCUAUGAUUCUCACGUUUGCUUCUGCCAUGGUGGAUUCAUUACACGGCAUGAUCCCCCACUGCUCUUUGAUCUUUCCAGAGACCCUGAAGAGAAGUUCCCGCUGACCCCAGAAACAGAGAGCCGUUUCUACGAAAUCCUCAGGGUCAUAUACCUAGCAGUAGACAAUCACACCAGCACCCUGCACGCUGUCCCUGACCAGCUGUCGUGGGACAACCUUCUCUGGAAGCCAUGGCUCCAGCAGUGCUGCUCAUCUCUCUUUCAGUCUUGCUACUGUGACUAUGACUCAGAAGGGAGCCUGUCGGAGGUGCACUCAGGAUAAACAAGCUGCAGUUCCCUUUCAGAAACUGCAACAAGAGAGUGUGGGCAGCUGACUUGAACCACUGCAGUACUAGCCUUCAGAAGGUUUUGUUAUGUAGGAGGACCUGCCUUUAAAUACAUCAUUGCAGUUGAAGAGGAUUGCAGUCAAGAAAAUGUGCCAAGAGACAGAGGGCAAAAUACACCUAUUCUGACUUUAUAAUACAAGAAUCAGUAUGAGGCACAUGUUGGCCGUUCUCAUCCAGAAAUGUGUAGGCUGUAGGCAUUUUCAAGAUAAGGUCAUGUUCUAGAUCUUCAGCUUCAGCUUCUUUCUUACAUAGCAAGGAAUUUACCUACAGUUUCUGUCAAUUACAACCACUGAAUGCACACUUUCCUGUCCUUUUUGCUAAGUAUUAUCCACCAUUAGUAGGACAUAGCACCAAGUAAUUAAAAAUAGAGAGAGAGUAGUGGAGAGGCCCACCUGUGACUAUAAUUUGAUAACUGAUAGAUAGGUAAAGAGCAGACCUGUAACAGCAGCUCUAUCAACAAGCAUCAUGGAUAUGAAAUAAUAAACAGAUUGUCAACAACCUAGCGUUGCAUGUGCCAUAAAAAUGUAGAGAGCUAUGUAGUGGAAGACCUUGUGUCCACAUUAAAGUGGUGCUCCCCAGCUGCCUAUUGCAUGGCAGCAACCUUUGUUUCAAAAGGAAACCACUUCAAGUGUUCCAGUCACGUGCUUGAGUGUGUACUAUAAGUCUCUGUGUUUGGGUGUGUAUAUAUAUCUAUAUAUACAUAUAUGCAAGCCAAAUUCAUAACCCCCCAAAACCCACAAAUCCUUCAAUCCCUGAUAUAGACACACCCUUAUGGUCAUAGCCCAUUUGCUAAAAUGAAAGAUUUGGUCCGUACUUGAUAUCUGAGUUCCAAAUUCUUGUGAUACUUCAGAGGUAUCUUUCACUAUCUACCAUAUCUAUUCUUCCACUGAUUAAUGUAGUGUGCAUCACAAAUAAAUAAAACUUGGCCUUCCAUUAAAUAUCUUGGCCAUUGUUUAAGCUCUCUGAAUAGGGUGUACCAUUUUCUGAGAAAAAAUUGGGCUUGAGCACUUAUAGCCAAAUAUAACUUUCUCUGAGUUGUUACCAAGGCCUUGGGAAAUCUACAGUACUUCGGGGCUAAUUUCUAUAUCCACUUUUAUCUGCAUCUUAUUCAGUCACAUUUUUCUUUCUACUCUACAGGCAGGCAAACUAUUUUCUUUGGCAGGUUGUACCAGAGGGGAACAUAUCAGCAAAAUACUAAAAUGAUUUGAUGACCGAUAACAGAAGGUGACUUGCUCCUUAUCAGAAAACACUUGUUAAUGUCAACAUUGUAAUUUAUUAAAAACUGUUUGGUGGUAUUAGUACAUCACUAACCAAAAGUGAUCUGUGAUGUUAGUAAUGCAGUAACUUCAGUCAGCCGACGUUAUGGUUGUGACUUAGUUCCUGGGAGCUGUUGGAGCCUGUCCUGUAAAAUUAUAUUGUGAUAUAUGGUAUAUUUCUCUGUCUGUAAAACCUAGACUUUAUUUGAUUUUUCUGCUGCAGUUUCAGUCAAAACUUCAUUCCUAACAAUAUUGAGAUGCCUGCCCUGGGAAAUGUGCUCUUUCCUUGAAGUCCUGUUUUUGAUGUUUCACCUUGUGUUAACGAUUGUGUGUCUUAAGUAUAUCCUCUGCAAGCUCUCUGUAGGCAGCAAAGUCAUGUGUGUGCUAAUAAAGUUAGUCUAUUCAGGUAUUUCCCUACUAACCACUCCGGACUGUUUAUAUCGUACCUGGAAAGCUGUCAGAUGGCCAUUCAUGUAGCAUAAUUCUCCCUUUGCUUUAUUUAAUCACUGAAUGUACUACAUACAUAAACUUAAGAAGAAAGAUGCCUGCAGUUUGAAUACAAGUAUUCUUCUGCAGUGAUCAGUGGCUGUCUCUCAAUGUCAUGGCAGGAUCCAUACAUCCCAAAUUUUUGGUCCUCACCAUGUGGCUCAAGAGCCCCGUGGGGCGCGGUGCUGGUGCCUGCAUGCCGCCCUCUGCAGCGGGUGGGCAGCCCAGGCUGCGGCCAGGGUGCCAGCUGCCCCAGCACUGAGCACCAUGGCAUGGGAGGGUACUCUGUCCAGCUCCUGCAGCUCUGCUGCAGCUUACACAAAGCUUUUCAAGCAAAUAAUCCUUCUGAAGCAUGCAGGAGAAAAUAUGUUGUGUGCUAGGCAUACAGCAGUAUAGGUGUUUUGUGGCACUGGAUCUCUUUUGUUCCCACAAUUGCUGGGCUGUGACCUUAACAGGGAUCUCAGAUUAAAUGAUCAAGGACAUCCACAUCUACUUCUUUUCAUCAGGAAGAUGCUAUGUUGCUAUUAUUUCUUGUGUUUCUGCAGGUGCAAGAAUUGUUUGUUCUGUUAGGCAUAACAGCUGUUCUGUGCUGCCUGACUGGGGUAUCAAAAAUGAUAAUUUUUAUACUACUUUGAUUUGUUCUUCCCUGAAUAUGGCCUUUCUUUUCGUAGAAUCAUAGAAUCAGAUAAUGUCCUGAGUUGGAAGGGACCAGAAAGGAUCAAGUCCAACUCAUGUCACUGCAUAGGACAACCCCAAAUUUCACACCAUCUGUCUUAGGUGUGCAGCCUCGACCGGCUGCAAUACAGUGCUUGAUGCACCCCAGGACUCAGUUGGACCUCCACUGACAGGGCACACUGCUGGCUCAUGUUCAGCUUGCCAUCGCCCAGAACCCUCAGGUCCCUGUCUGCAGAGCUGCUCUCCAGCCUUUCGUUCCCCACUCUGUAUGUACAUCUGUAUGUACAUCCAGGGUUGCCGUGCCCCAGGUGCAAAAUCUGGCACUUGCCCUUGUUAAACUUCAUACAGUGGGUGAUUGCCCAGCUCUCCAGCCUGGCCAGAUCCCUCUGCAGGGCCUCUCUGCCCUCAAGAGUGUCAACAGCUCCUCCCAAUUUUGUGUUGUCAGCAAACUUGAUUAGUAUUCCUUCCAGUCCUGCAUCCAAGUCAUUUGAGGAGACAUUAAAGAGCACUGCCCCAAGAUGGAACCCCACUAGUGACCUGCUGCCAGCCUGAUGUAACCCCAUUUACUGUGACCCUUUGAGUCCGACCCAUCAGCCAAUUGCUCACCCACUGCAUUACGUGUUUAUCCAGCUGUGUGCUGGGCAUUUUGUCCAGGAGGAUUCUGUGAGAGACCGUAUCGAAAGCUUGACUGAAAUCCAAAAAGAUCACAUUGACUGGCUUUCCUUGGUCUGCUAGGUGGGUAACCUUUUCAUAGAAGGCAAUUAAGUUUAUUAAGCAGGACUUUCCCCAUGAACCUGUGCUGUCUGGGACCAAUGACUGUGUUGUCUUUCAGGUGUUUUUCAAUACCUCCCAGAAUAAUCUUCUCCAUAAUUUUAGCAGGCACAGAAGUGAGACUGAUGGGCCUGUAGUUACCAGGGUCAUCCCUGUUACCGUUCUUGAAGAUUGUGAUAAUGUUUGACAGCUUCUAGUCAACUGGACCUCUCCAGAUUCCCAAGAGCUUUGAAAAAACCUUGGGAGAGGUCUCGCUAUGACAUCAGCCAGCUCUUUAAGUACACUUGGAUGAAUCCAAUAAGGUCCCAUUGAACUACAGGGGUCCAGCUGGAGCAGCAAGUCCUGCAUAAAUUCAGGCUUUAUUAGGGGUUUAUCAUUCCCACAAUCAUGGUUCUCUAGCCCAGUGUUGAAGGCCGAGGCGAAGAAAGCAUUAAAUGUCUCUGCUUUGUCUCUGUCCCUGUUUGUGAGAUGACCAUGCUCAUCAAGCAACAGGCCAAUGUUAUUUCUAGCCUGCCUUUUGCCAUUAACAUAUAUUAAAAAGCCCUUCUUAUUGUUCUUCACAGUACUGGCCAGCUUCAGCUCUAAUUCAGCUUUGGCCACAUGAAUUUUCUCCCUGCAGAGGUGAACAGUGUCUUUGUAGUCCUCCCAUGUUGCCUGAUGUUGCUUCCACUGGCUAUAUACUUUCUUUUUUGCCGUAUUUCUAGAAUAUCCCUGGUCAGGUAAGCUGGCCUUUUGCCUCACCUCCUUGACUUCCUACACUUUGGGAUUGCCUGCCCCUGUGCUCUUAGGAGGUGGUACUUAAAAAGGAACCAGCACUGAUGGACCCCAGCACCUUCAAAGAGCUUGUCCCCAGGGGACCUUGCUAAGCAUUUCCUCAUGGUUUAGGAACCUUCUGGAUCUUUUGUACCAGCAGUGUAGUAUUCCCAGUUGUCAUCUGGCCAGUUGAAGUCGUCCAUAAGGAGAAGGGCAGAUAACUUAGAGGCAUCUCUUAGCUCCUUAAGGAAUAACUCAUCAGUGUCAUCCUCCUGGCUGGGUGCCCUAUAGUAGACUCCCACAACAACAGCUGCUUUAUUUGUCUGUCCCUUAAUCCUUACCCAGGGGCUCUCAACUGUGCCAUCACCAGCUGCAAUCUCGGUGCAUUCCAGCUCCUCCACUACAUACAGUGCCACCCCCGCGACCCUCGCCUGCCCUGCCUAUCUCUCCUACAGUGCUUGUAACCAUCCAUCGUGGCACACCAGUCACAGGACUUGUCCCACCAGGUUUCACUUAUGCCAGUGAUGUCAUUCUGCUAGGACAGGGCCAAGGCUUCCAGCCUCUCUUGCUUGUUCCUCAUGCUGUGCACAUUUGUGUAGAAACUCUUCAAGCGUGAUUCAUUCUGCCCAUCGCCACAUGGAGCAGCCUAAAAACCUCACCAGUACACAGCUUCUUGAGCUUUGGCAUGCCAUCCCAUGGCUCGAGACUGACUAGCCUGGUAUUGUCUCCCUUUCCUCCUUCCCUUUUAUAGAAUCAUAGAGUCAUAGAUUCAUAGAAUGGUUUGGGUUGUAGGGACUUUAAAGGUCAUCUAGUCCAAACCCCCUGCAGUGAGCAGGGACAUUUCCAACUAGAUCAGGUUGCUCAGAGACCCAUCCAACCUGACCUUGAAUGUUUCUAGGGAUGGGGCAUCUACCACCUCCCUUGGCAACCUGUUCCAGUGCUUCACCACCCUCACUGUAAAGAUUUUUUUCCUUAUAUCCAGCCUAAAUCUACCCUCCUUUAGUUUAACACCAUUACCCCUUGUUUUGUCACAAAAGGCCUUGCUGAAGAGGUUGCCCCCCAUCUUUCCUCUAGUCCCCCUUUAAGUACUGGAAGACCACAAAAAGGUGUCCCUGCAAUACCAAUACCCUCCUUGGCUUUUGGUGGCAUCUCUCUAAUCUCCUUUCUUAAAAUGUGCACACCCCUUGACUAUUCCACCUAUUUCUUUGCCACUCCGUCCACUCAUUUGCUUGUCAUAUUGAUCAUGAUGGCUAUUUUGCCCUAAUUAAUCAGAAAAUGAAAAGGGGUCAUUGUGAAAAGAUUUUACUUUUAGGGCUCUUGACUCUGCUAACCUCCUACUUAUUUAAGGUCUAGCAAAGAUGAACUUUGCAUUAUGAAAUCUAAGAAAAUAAAACACACCCAAGACACCCUGAAUAAUAAAAGUUAUUUCUUGUUUGUAGCACAAGCUUCAUAUUUUCCAAAGUGUAAUUUAGUAUAACAUUUAAUAUUUUGACUUAAGCAGUAAAAUCUGAAAUCCAUUUUUACUAUUGUACCUUCAAGAAAGAUUCUAUUAAGAAUAGGCCAGUAUUUUUCAUACUCUAUGUUAAUGCCAUUUGAUUUAGUGCCUAAAAUAAACCAUCCCUGUAUUGCAAAUGUAUUAGAACUUUCAGUAUUGUACCUUCUGUUCUGGAGAUGGCAUGUCAGAUGAUGGUAAUUAAAGUAGCCUUGUUUAUCUGUAAAAUAAAAUGAGAUGCACAAUA